AUGGGCACGCGCAAUCUUAUCUGCAUCUUCUACAAAGGUAGCUUUGUCGUUGCACAGUACUGUCAAUGGGACGGCUACCCAGAAGGCAAAGGUCAAGGCAUGAAGAUAUUGAACUUCCUCCUGAGCUCAGCCAAUAUCGAGCACCUCAAGAACGGCCUUCAACACAUCAUAACUCUAAACCACGAUAGCCGGCAGCAACUCGAACAUGGGGUGCGUCAGGACCAAGAGGCUUGGCAGACCAACAUGUCCUUUUCCAAGGGGCCGUGCAAAUGCGUGAAAUGCGAUAUAGAGGGCUUCUACCCUUCCCUUUCGCGUGAUACUGGCGCCAGCAUUCUCAAGAUCAUUACUGAAGCCACGGCAGAGAAGCCUGUACCUGUUGAGCUGAGACUGGGGUUCGCCAAUGAUCCGAAUUGCGAGUGGGCUUACGUGGUUGACCUUGACGAUUGCGUAUUUGAAGUUUACGCGGAGGCCGAGAGCAAGAACGAAAACCCUACCAACCGAUUCAUAAAUAUUGGGGACUUAAACGAUACAGUCCCAUCACUAAUCAAGAGUUUUCCUUUCUCCGAUCUCCCGAUUACAGAAAGAGAGUUCAUCACCGCUUUGAACACGGAAUUUAAGUGA